AUGACGCUGGAGCUGACGCGGCUCGUGCAGCGCGCCGAGCUGGCCUCGUCCGACCUGUGGGCCUGGCUGCAGCGUCGGCUCGCCGCGUUCACGCGCGUGGGCGCCAAGGCGGCGCACAAGACGUCGCGCCUGGCCGCCGACGUGCGCGGCCACGUGGAGGAGCAGAACCCGUACGCGGUGGGCGGCGUCGCCACGCUGGUGGCGGUCGCGCUGCUGCUGGGCGUGCUGUUCGUGUGGGUGGCGUCUCGCCAGGUCCGGCCGCGCAAGCUGCCGCCCGCCAAGCUGGAGAAGCGGCCGUCGUCGCCCACGUCCAAGCGGCUGCGGCACAACUCGAAGCACUCCAAGUCGUUCUCGGACCUGCUGCAGGCCGAGCACGAGCGCAUGCAGGAGAACCGCCAGCUCGAGCUCGAAGACAACAUCACGUUCCCCAAGGAGCUGCGACAGAACUGCGGCCCGGAGAACCUCAAGUUCAUCUACGACACGCUGUCCAAGGUCUUUUCCUUCCUGCGCGGCGAGUUCGUGGAGCCGCUGGCGCGAGAUCUGCGCAUCCUGCGCUUCUCCAAGGGCGACACGAUCUUCGACGAGGGCGAGCUGGAUGGAUCCAUCCUGCUGAUCGUGAAUGGGUCCGCCUCGCUGUCCAUCCACGGCGAGAAGGAGGAACAACGCUUCUCCAAGCUGCUGGGGCGUGGUGACACGCUCACGUCGUCGCUGCCGCUGCUGACGGUGCUCGUGAACGAACUGCAGCAUGGAGAGUGCAGCGCGCAGGUGAAGAAGGUGUGCGGCAGCUUGUCUGCGCGAGCGGAAGAGGACGGCACGCGCCUGUUCAAGAUCCCGACGCAUUCCAUCAAGGAGGUGCUGGAGAAGUACCCCGAGGCCUUCUACCGCCUCUCCCAGGCGGCGCUGAGUCAGGUGGAGAAGAUCACGGCCAAGUCGCUGAUCGACCACUUCGGACUGUCGUCGAAGAUUAUCAGCGCCACGCCACUCAUGCACCCGCUCCUGCUGGGCGGUGAAGAAGGCGAGAAGACGGCGGAGGCUACCCCCGUCAAGGACCUGGUGGAAAGUGUGGCGGACGCUAUUGGUUUGCACGACUCGGAGCUGAGGUCGACGCUGGCCAGCUGCGUUAAGAUUAUUAAGCGUACCAAGAAGCAGACAAUCCGAGAGCCGGGCGACUCUACUGCACUGGGAGUCCACAUCGUUCUGAGCGGAUCAGUCAGUGUACAGGUUGCCACGGCUACCCAGACGUACGCUGAACUGUACAAGGCCACGAAGGGAUGUGAAGUUGGUAUUUCGACGUGCUUCGUUGGAUCACACUACUUCGCAACUCGCAAUAUUUGUCAGGAAGACACCACGCUGCUUUGGAUCCCGGACGCGCUGUUCUGCAGCUUGUUGCAGAUCAACCCGGUAGCGGUGAAGUGCGCGCGCCACCUGAUUGAGCAGUACUCCGACUUGGUGUGUGUAGCUGAUACAUCGUUCGACUGGCUGCACCUCCACAGUGGCGAGAGUCUGUUCGAUCGUGGCGAUCUGUGCGAUUCUGUGUUCACAGUCAUCAGUGGCCGCCUGCGAGCGGUGCAAGUGCACUGCUACCGUGGUAAGGAGGUGGAGACGACAAAUGAACUGGUGCGAGGAGCGACUUUGGGUGCGAUGGACAUGCUUGGAGCGGGAGCCAGCAACUCGUCGGUGUUUGCCAUUCGUGACUCCCAAAUAUCACAAAUGUCUCGCAAUGUGUUCGACUACGUGGUCAACAAGUACCCCACCGUGCUUGUUCAAUUCACCAAGAACCUGGCGCGCCGUAUGCCGACCCCUCGCGUGGAUUCCUUGAAGCCCGAUGCUAGUGGCCUCAAGGCUCGCAGUAACUACUUGCUGUCUCUGGGCUCGAGGCCUACCACUACCGACGGACAGAAGACUGGAAGCAACCUCCCUAUAGGUACGGUUGCUGUGAUUUCGCUGACCCAGAAGACCAAGAUUCAGACGUUCUGCUCUCACUUGGAGAAGUCGCUGAAGACGCUGGCCACGGUGGAAACAGUAUCAUCGCAGAAAGCCAAGGCCUUCCUGGGCGACCAGUGGAUCAGCAAUUCGCGCGUUUCAAGAGCAAACCUUACUGCGUGGAUGGGUGACAUUGAGAGCUCAAAUGAACUUGUGAUUUACGAGGCUGACCCGCAGUUGACGGCUUGGACUAAGCUCUGCAUCCGCCAAGCUGACCACGUCCUCCUGCUGUGCUCGGACGCCCACCCGCAGCAGGCAUUUGUCAGUGACAUGAUUUCUAUUCUCGAGGAUGCGUGGGACAAGAGAGAUGCCGAAAUCAACGUCGUGCGUGUUCGCGAGAAGGACUGGACUUUGACUGCUCUCGAAGCCGCUGCUAAGCAAGAGGCCAAUGGGUCCUCGCGCUCGUAUGCACUGAAGAAGAAGCUGCGUCUGCGAAUGGAUAGCCCCUUGCUGCCUCGAUUUAUUCUCCCCAUGGAGCGAUACGAGUGGAUCAGCGGCUACCACAACGUGCAGCUCCCGUUUGAGGAUCAUCGAUCGGAUUUCAUGCGUUUGAGUCGACGAAUCACCGGCAACUCUGUUGGUUUGGUGCUUGGCGGUGGAGGUGCAAGAGGCCUGGCCCAUAUUGGCGUGCUCCGAGCGCUUCAGGAGUGUGGUAUCCACGUGGAUGUCGUUGGUGGCACCAGCAUCGGAGCGUUUAUUGGAGGUAUCUAUGCGCUUCACCCCAACCGCCUCGAUCUGAUCGAGUCCAAGGUGAAGCAGCUAUCUGCAGGUCUGAGCAGCAUUUUCGAGAAGCUCCGGGACUUGACGCUGCCUAUCUCGUCCUUCUUCAAUGGAACACGCUUCAACAAGAGCAUCCGCGCGCACUUCUACGACUUGUCAAUUGAGGACCUGAUGCUGAAUUACUUCUGUGUGUCCACGGAUAUCGCGAAGUCCCGUAUGAGCGUGCACCGCAGUGGACCGGCGUGGAAGUAUGUGCGAGCGUCCAUGAGUUUGCAGGGUUACUUCCCCCCGAUCUCGGAAAAUGGAUCGCUUCUGUUGGAUGGCGGAUAUAUGAACAACCUUCCUGCGGACAUCAUGAAGGAGGAAGGCGGUAUCAAGUAUAUCUUCGCCGUGGAUGUGGGCAGCGAGUCGCGCACCGACUUCUACGACUACGGCAGCGCGUUGUCCGGGUGGUGGCUGCUUUGGAACAAGCUCAACCCGUUCGCCAAGACUGUCGCGGUGCCCUCAAUGGGCGACGUGUCUGCGGCGCUGGCGUACGUGUCGUCGGAGCAGCACAAGGACCGCAUCAGGGAGGAAUGCAUUGAUCUGUACCUGCGCCCGCCGGUCAAGGACUACGGCACGCUCGAGUUCAACAAGAUGGAGGAGAUCAUCGAGGUUGGCUACAACUACGCGCUACCGCGUAUCCAAGCCUGGAUGGCGCGCGUUCUCGAUGCGGAGCCCGACGCCGACAUCAAGCGGACGACACCGCCGGACUCGCCAGCAUCGUCGACGCCUUCGACGACGCCAUCCAAGCUGAGCAUCAUUACAUGA